CAAGAAGGCACAAACCCGAAGAAGUUCCAGUAGCAACACGGAGAGAGAGAGAGAGAGAGAGAGAGAGGGGGACCCCUGUUUGACCCCAGCCCCUGCUAAUAGCAUCUUUCUCUCUCUAUAUAUAAGAGCGACAACAAUCUUAACCUAAAACCUAUCAGCCCCGCUGAUCAGGCGGAUUCCAUCAUCUCUAUCUGUUUGUUUUCCGAGAAAGCUUCGGAGGACGCAAGAUUCUUCUGAAGGACCUCAGCUGCUCGCCGCCUUUACUAACAAGCGGCAAGGAUGUCAACUCCUUCAAGGAAGAGGCUGAUGAGGGAUUUUAAGAGGUUGCAGCAAGAUCCUCCUGCAGGCAUCAGCGGUGCUCCUCAAGACAACAACAUUAUGCUUUGGAAUGCCGUUAUCUUUGGGCCUGAUGAUACCCCAUGGGAUGGAGGUACGUUUAAAUUGACGCUUCAGUUUACAGAGGAUUAUCCAAACAAGCCACCAACAGUACGCUUUGUCUCUCGAAUGUUCCAUCCAAAUAUUUAUGCGGAUGGAAGCAUAUGUUUGGACAUUCUACAAAAUCAAUGGAGCCCUAUUUACGACGUAGCAGCUAUACUUACCUCUAUCCAGUCAUUGCUCUGUGACCCAAACCCAAAUUCUCCUGCUAAUUCAGAAGCUGCACGGAUGUUUAGUGAGAACAAACGUGAAUACAAUAGAAGAGUACGCGAGAUUGUUGAGCAGAGUUGGACUGCUGAUUAGUUGCUGUGGUCAGGUCCCACGGAACUUCAAAGAGAUGUCCAUGGCCUACGGCCCUGUUUAAAUAACAAUUGGACCCAACCAUUGUGUUGUGAACUCCUUGACUGCGAUUACUUGAUAUGUCUGCUUUGCUUA